AUGAAUCAAGAUAAACUAGUGUAUAUUGGAUCAGGUGCAUCUAUUGCAAUUGUUUUAUUUAUUGGUGGACUACUUAUCGGCCAUUUUGCUAUUCCAAGAUCAUCUUAUACUAUUGAUGCACAUACUAUAUCAACAGUAAAUAAACGAACUGAAGAAGAACGAAAGAUAAUAUGGAAUGAUUUGAAACAACGAUUUCUUAAUCGUGUUAAUGCACAAGAAAUAGAAAAAAAUCUUCACAAUUUUACUCGAAAUACUCAUUUGGCUGGAACAGAUGAUGAUCGUAAUGAAGCUGAAUCCAUUGCUAAACAAUGGCGUGAAUAUGGAUUAGAUGUUACUACAUAUCCAUAUGAUGUAUUACUUUCAUAUCCACAUCUUACACAACCGAAUAUUGUAUCAAUUCUUGAUCAAAAUAAUAACUUCAUAUUUCAAUCCAAUGGAAGUGAACCAAUGUUUAACGAAGAUGAUAAAUCGUUACCAUUUAAUAAUAUAGUUCGACCAUUUCUGGCUUAUACUCCAAAUGGAACUGUACAAAGUCAAAAAUUAUUUUAUAUAAAUUAUUGUACUAUAGAAGACUUUCAAUUUAUACAAACUAUUAUUAAUAAAAAUGAAUUGAAUGGAAGUAUAAUUAUAUGUCGAUUUGGAAAAAUUUUUCGUGGAAAUAAAAUUAAUAAUGCUGAAAAAUAUGGUAUAGUUGGAGUUAUUUUAUAUAACGAUCCGAUUAAUUAUGCACCAAAUUUCACUAGACCUGGCUCAACAUAUCCAAAUUCAAUUUAUAUGCCUGAUAUGGGACAACAACGUGGUUCGGCAUUAAUUUUAUCUGGAGAUCCAUUAACAAAACAUUAUCCUGCUAAAGAUUACAUGUAUAGAGCUUCAAUAGAUAAUAAUCCAUGGUUACCAAAGAUUGUUGCUCAACAGAUUGGUUAUAGAGAAGCAAGAGAAAUCUUAAUUCGAAUGACAGGACUAUCAGUUAUAUCCAAUUGGACUGGUGGUCUUGAUCAAGUGAACUAUGUCUAUGGUGGUUUAUUAGUAGAUGAUCUAUCAAUACAAAUAUCAUCCUACAAUACAUUACAAAUUCGACGAGUACAUAAUGUAAUUGGAACAAUUACUGGUCAUAUUGAACCAGAUCGUUAUGUACUUAUUGGAGCUCAUUUUGAUGCUUGGAAUUUUGGAGCGAUGGACGAUGGAUCUGGCAUAGCUGUUAAUCAUGAAUUAGUACGUGUAUUUACAUCAUUAAUAAAAUCGAAUUGGAAGCCAAGACGAAGUUUAAUGUUCUGUGCAUGGGCUGCUGAGGAAUAUGGAAUUGUUGGUUCAAUUGAAUUUGUUGAAAUAUUAGGUUCACGUGUUGUUUCAUAUCUUAACAUGGAUGCUAUUGUUGCAGGUAGGGAAUUAAUGCUAAUGGAAAUGUCUCCAUUACUAUAUGAUGUUGCUAUUGAUAUAUCUAAACAAGUAAAAGCAGCAUAUACUAAUGAAACAAUUUAUGAACAAUGGAUACGUAUUAACAACGGCGAUCAUAAUGUUGGAGAGAAAUUUUUCAUAAUGGGACUUAGUGCUAUUUCGGAUUUUGCUGGUUUUAAUCAAAUUGCUGCAAGUUCAAAUAUUGCAAUGGUUUAUUUAAAUGAAAACGAUGCCAAAACUAUUGGUGCUUAUCCAUUAUAUCAUACUCAAUAUGAAACUUUUCGUUUAGUUAAAACAUUUGUUGAUCCUGAAUUUCAAGCUCAUCAAGCACUUGCUCGAGUAAUUGGCUUAUUAGGAUUAACUCUGACUGAUAUUGAUUUACUUCCGUUUAAUCCUGCAAGAUAUCAUCAAGCACUUCUCACUUUGCUUAAAGUAACAAAAUCUAUUGCACCUAGUUCGAUCAAUUUUACAUCAUUACAAAAUGCAAUUGAUGAAUUUAAAACUGUUGCUGAUGAAUUCAAUCAACGAAUUCAAACGACACUUGAUAAAUCAAAUCCAAUACAAGUUCGAAUAGUCAAUGAUCAAUUGAUGCAACUCGAACGAGCUUUUCAAAAUCCAUUAGGUAAUAGUAUUCAGCAAGCUGAUCUUAAACACACAAUAUAUGCACCGAGUCGAACAGAUCGAUACAAUGCACGUGGAUUUCCAAGUAUAACUGAUGCUGUCGAAGAUCGUAAUAUAACAAAUAUUCACCAACAAAUUUCACUAGUUACAUAUUUUAUUCGUUCAGCAAUAAGUGUUCUUCACCAACCAAAUAGAAUUCAAACAACAUCAUGA